ACAGAAAAAAAUACUGAAUCUUUUUAGUCCCUGUGUAAUAAGCAGCCUAAACAAUGCCUCAAGAAGAGUCUCAAGAAAAACCUAUUAUCACUAAAGAAGAAGUGUUAAGAAAUUUAAUGAAAGAGUCUUUAAUGAAAGUAACAAGUGCAUCAUUUAAAAUACGUAAAUCUGUGUUUUUGGAGAAACUUUCUAACUGUAUUGAAAAUGAAGGUUUUCAAGAUGCACAUUUAAAAGGAAUUGUAAAGAUCAUAAAGCUAACAAUAUGGCGGUACAGGGACAAAAAGUCACGAUAUUUGGUGGUUUCAUUUGUUCAGAAAGUUCUUGCAAAAUAUGGAGUCAAUUUUGGUAAGCUACUUUUAUCUGAAGUUCAACCUCAAGCUGUUGGACUUGCAAAGUCUAAUUCAAGUUAUGCUGGUGCAUCAGCUGCAGUGUUUUUACUUUCUUGGUGUAAUGAGGUUUCAAAAAGUAUCAAUGUAAAUCAAGAAGACUUCCAUCUUUUAGUUGAGGUUCAGAUUUUGGCUUAUAGCGCAGUUUGUAAGCAUCAUUCAAGAAGAGCACAAAGAAUUUCAAACACAGCUAAAAAGAUUCUUAUGCAGGAUAAGAAACCUGAGAUAUUUUUAAAGUAUAUUGAAGUAAUAUUGAACAAUAGCAAGUUUGAGACUGAAUCUAUGUCAUUUAUUGGAUUGAUUUUUCAGUAUUUGACUUCUCAUAAAGCUAUUUCAUUGGUUGAUGACUUAAUAAAGAAAAAACUUCUUGAUUUGUUUAUUCGCAACUGUAUUCAGACUAAAAUCGCUGCACCAAAACAUUCACUAGAGCAAGUAAAACCAAUGCUAAAAUAUUUGAAUCAUGGUGACUUUCAAGAAAUUUUUCCCGAUAUUAAGAAAGGACUUCUAAGAAAUCCAGAAACAAUAUUACAAGCUGUUGGAUACUUUUUUUUUGGUUUAUCUAUUGAUCUCUCUCAGUAUAUUGAUGAAUUAUCACAAAGUAUUCCAGUUCAUUUUACAUCUCAAAAUGCAAGUUUAAGAGAUGAUGCUGUGUUUGCUGUUGAAAAAAUUGCUCAACAAUGUAGCGAUCAUAAUGCAGUGUGUAAACUUAUCAAUCAAAUAUUCAAAAUAUUGUCAGGUUCCGAAGGUAAACUUUCCCUUCCUGAACAACGUACAUCUGUGUUCUCAGCCAUAGAAAACAUAGCUAACAUAUCAUCUACUGCUGCUAAUAUGGAAAUGCUUGCCACAUUUAUAUUUGAAAAGAUGUAUCCUUUUCUUCUUGAAGAAGGACAUGAAGGGGCAUUAAUAAAAGCUUUAGGUGCUUUAAAAUCGUGGGCAAAGUUUUUUACAGUAAAUCUACCAACUAACUUUGUAGAUGUUGUUAAGAAAGGUGUAAAUGCAAAAUCAAGUACGCCAACAAUUCGAGCUAAUUAUUUUCAAAUGGCAAAAGAAGCUAUCAAAGGUAAUAACGUAGUUCAAAGUCUUCAGUUGCUUGAUAUGCUUGUACAGACUGUUGAAAAAAGUGUUCCACACCAAGUAUGCAGUGUUUAUGAAAGUUUGGCUGCAUCAACUUUAGUAGCUUGUAUAUCUGCAUUGGACAAUUCAAAAGAUAGCAAGUUGGACUCGUUUUGGAGUUUUGUUCUUCAUCAUACUAAAAAGCCAUUACUUUCCGAAAAGUUUAUGAGCGCUGCAAAUAAGGAGCAACUAAAUCAGUUGAUGAAAUUUACAACCAUUCUUUUUACAAGUCAUUAUGAAAAAGUUGCUGGAAAAAAUGUAAAGCCAUGGCACAAUGCAUUCUCAACACUACUUUUACGUGGAGAUUUUGAAACAGUUAAGCAAACAAAAAGUCUCAUCACAAAAGUUAUUGCUUAUGAAGAUUUAAAUGAGUUGCCUAUUGAUAUAUUUAAUGAGAUUCAUAGCUUUCUUAUAAAAUCCGAUGCUGAGAGACCAACAGAGUUGAGUCGUAUUCCAGAUUGCUAUUUAUUUUUGGCUUCAUGUUAUCAAGGAUCUGGUGAAAGAUUUCUUAUUGAUUGUGUUUUCAAAGUUCAUCAUCCAUCAUUAGUUGAAAACUCUCCUGACUUAUUUAAAAAGAUGGCAUUUUUAAUGCAUGUUGACUUAAGCAAGUUUGUAUCUGAUCAUUCCAAAGUUAUUAUGGAUAUGUUUUUAAAUAUAGAAGUUGUUGAAAAGAUUCACAUAAACACUUUGACAACUCUGCUCAGCAUAUCUUCUUCAUUACUUAUACCUUUAUUUAUGGAAAUGAUAAAAGAAAGUCUUAAAAACCCAGUUUUAAAGCAAGUAUCACUCCACGAGUUUGGAAUACUUAAUACACCUGAAGGGGAAGUGUAUGAUCAGACCAUUUUUGAAAGUGCAAAAGAAAUGAAACAAGCGAAUGUAAAACGUGAAUCCAAAGUUUAUUCAUUUAAAGAACAAAAAAUAGAAAUGGAAUUGAGGGAGGAGUUAAAGAAAAACAAAGGCGAAAAUAAAAUUGAAUUGAAUGCAAAACAAAAAGAGCAGUUAGAAAUAUUAAAAAAUCAAGAAAAAGAAGUUCGUAACAGACUCAAAAUUCUAUCAAGUUCUGUAUUAAAGCAAGUCACACUUCUAAAUAUUUGUUUUGCAAGUAAAGCAGUAGAACUACAAUGUCACUAUGCAGAUUUAAUUCAUAUGCUACUUGAUCUUUCGAAAUAUCUGAUGGUUGCUACUCAUGUUGUUCCUUGUUAUAUAAGAAUGUCACAGUGUAUUUUUACUGAUGAUCUAUCACAUCUUGGAGAAUUAAUUGGAAAUGUAAUAAUACGUCACAUCGACCCCCCAUGCACAUUGCCUUCAAAUUGGUCUUCAGAAAAACUUAGUGAUCAGACUGCUCGAGUUUUGGAUCUUAUUCACAAAUUUAUUAGCGAACGAAAUCUCUAUCUUAUGAUGGCUCAUACUCGAAAAAAGCCUUUUACAGUUCUUGCAUUUACAUAUUUAUUGCCUUUAUUAAAGGUUGUUUUAAAAGACCGUGGUUCUGUUAUUAAUGCAAAUGAAGGUCUACGGAUGAAAGCUUUGCAGAUCAUAAUGGUGCACUGUAAAUUGCGAUCAAGUCCAGCAGAUGAUAACGUAAAUUCUGUGCAAUUACUUCCACGCACUGAGUUGUUACAAAUAUUAUCUGGAGUUAUAAUAGGCUGUGAUGGACAUAACAAAGAUUCUAAGAUUCAAAUUUAUGCAAACAACGUUUUUGAUGAAGUUUGCAAAUCAGCUAAUGGUUCUGUUGGAUGCGCUAAAGCUUCACUUUCAGAGGUAGAACUGUUAUUGGAUUACAUUCUUUCGAAUUGCAGCAUUUUAAGACAUGCUUCUUUGAAAGGAUUGCUAGAAAUGAUUGAUAUUUUGCCCAUGUAUGCUGAGGUUUUAAUAGAUACGUUAGGAAGAAGGGUCAUGAUAGCUAGAUAUGACUCAGAUAAAAAAAACGCUGAACUUGCUGAGUUGCUGUGGGAAAAAGCGAAACUAACAGUAAGUGGUGGAAUGACAUGUGACCUAGUUGAAGAUAUAAUUCAUCCUUUGGCUGACAUACGUACAGCAUCAAGCAUGGCUCUUGCAACUUCGCUUGGAGAGCAACCAGCAUUAGCACCUAUGGUUAUCAGUACAUUGUUAAUGACAUACGAAGAACAAAAUAAGAUUCCUGCUCCUGUGAUUGAUAACCUUGGUCGUGCAGUUUCAGUUCAUUUUGUUGAUCCCUGGGAAGCGCGUCAAGGAGUUGCAUUAACUCUUGAAAAAAUCAUUGCAUUUAUUCCUGAUGAACAGGUGGAAGUCUUAUUUCGAUUUUUUGUACCUACUGCUUUUAGCGAUCGUAAUGAACUUGUUAGAAAGCAAAUGUUAGAUGCAGCUCUUGCAUAUGUUAACCAUUCUGGACAGAAUCACAUGACAUUGCUUCUAAGUAUAUUUGAAGAGUUCCUUGAUUCAGCACCAGAUUCAUCUGCACAUGAUGUAAUACGUCAGUCAGUAAUCAUUUUGACUGGAUCUCUUGCCAAACAUCUUUCUAAAACUGAUCCUAAAAUAAAACCCAUCUUUUUAAAGUUAAUGGCUGCUUUAACCACACCCUCUCAACAGGUGCAAGAGGCAGUAGCAAAUUGUUUGCCUCCAUUAUGUCUUGCCAUUAAAGAUGAUGCUCCAGAUCUUAUUAAGAAUUUACUUAAUCAGCUGUUUGAAUCAGAAUCAUAUGGAGAACGUCGUGGUGCAGCGUUUGGACUAGCGGGCAUGGCAAAAGGUUUAGGGAUUCUAUCAUUAAAACAACACAAUAUUAUCAGCACUUUAAAUGAAUACAUUCAAGACAAGAAGGUUUGGCGGCAUAGAGAAGGUGCUUUAUUUGCUUUUGAAACUUUAUGUACAAUGCUUGGUAGACUGUUUGAACCUUAUGUAGUUCAUCUGCUACCUCAUUUACUAUUGUGUUUUGGAGAUGGUAAUCAGUACGUAAGAGAGGCAGCUGACGAAACUGCAAAGGCUGUUAUGAGAAAUUUGAGUAAUCAUGGUGUAAAACUUGUGCUACCAUCUUUACUUAAAGCAUUAGAAGAAGAAUCAUGGCGCACAAAAACAGGCAGUGCUGAGCUUUUAGGUGCUAUGUCAUUUUGUGCUCCCAAACAAUUGUCAUCUUGUUUACCUAGUAUUGUCCCACGGCUAACAGAAAUACUUGCUGACUCUCAUUUAAAAGUACAGAAGGCUGGGCAACAAGCACUUAGACAGAUUGGUGGUGUCAUUAGAAAUCCAGAGAUUCAAGAAAUAUCAUCUAUUAUACUUGAUGCAUUAUCUGAUCCAAACAAAAACACAGUGGCUUGUCUUCAAGCACUACUAAAUACUUCAUUUGUUCACUUCAUUGAUGCUCCAUCUCUUGCUCUAAUUAUGCCUACACUAGAGAAAGCAUUAGAUCAAAGACCCACAGAAACUAAAAAAAUGGCUGCUCAAAUUCUUGGAAAUAUGUAUGCAUUAACUGAUCCAAAGGACUUGACUCCCUACCUGCCAGCUGUUGUACCAGGUUUAAAAAAAUCUUUGUUAGAUCCAUCGCCUGAGGUAAGAGGGGUUUCAGCACGUGCAUUAGGUGCAAUUGUAAAAGGAAUGGGUGAAGAAUGCUUUAAUGAUUUGAUGCCAUGGUUACUUGAAACACUUACAUCUGAAAUCAGUAGUGUUGACAGAUCAGGAGCUGCACAAGGUUUAUCUGAAGUGCUCCAUGCGCUUGGUCAAGAAAGACUAGACAAAUUGAUGCCUGAUGUCAUAGCUACUACCAUGAAAGUUGAAUUGCCUCCGUUUGUUAGAGAAGGAUACCUCAUGUUAUACAUCUAUCUUCCUGCUACAUUUGGUGAUGACUUCAUUGGGUAUAUUAGCUCUAUUGUUCCAGCUAUUCUUAAAGGCUUGGCAGAUGAAAGUGAGUAUGUUCGAGAGACAUCAUUGAAGGCGGGCCAAAGAAUAAUUAAUAUGUAUUCUGAAAGCGCUAUUGAGUUACUUCUUCCACAACUUGAAGCUGGACUGUUUGAUGAGCACUGGAGAAUUAGGUAUAGCUCUGUUCAAUUGCUUGGUGAUUUACUCUUUAAGCUUUCUGGUGUUACUGGAAAACAAUCUACUAUUGGUGAUGAAGAUGAUAACUUUGGAACUGCUUAUUCUUCACAGGUUAUUCUUGAAACUCUGGGGCAAGAAAGACGUGAUCGUGUUUACGCUGGCCUUUAUAUGGGUCGCUCUGAUGUUGCGUUACAUGUACGACAAAGUGCUUUGCAUGUAUGGAAAGUUAUUGUACAAAACACAGCAAAGACAUUAAGAGAGUUAUUGCCAACCUUAUUUGAACUACUUCUAGGUUGUUUAGCUAGCCCUUCAUAUGAUAAGAGACAGGUAGCUGCACGCACUUUAGGUGAUUUAGUGCGUAAACUAGGUGAGCGAAUUUUACCAGAGAUAAUUCCUAUCCUUGAAGAAGGUCUUAACAAUGAAGCAGGAAGCAAAAGACAAGGUGUUUGUAUUGGUCUCAGUGAGAUAAUGGAUUCAUGCAGUCGUGAAAUGGUUGGACAAUUUGAAGAGUCCCUUAUAUCAACUGUUCAAAAGGCGUUACUUGAUCCACUUCCUGAAGUUCGCUCUGCUGCUUCAUUGACAUUUGAAAACUUGCACAACACUAUAGGUCAUAAAGCUCUUGAGGGUGUGCUUCCACAUGUGUUUGAAAAACUGGAAGAUCCUGAUCUCAGUGAAUUUGCAUUAGAUGGGUUAAAACAAGUGAUGGCUGUUAAAAGCAAAAUGGUUUUACCUUUUCUUAUUCCUAAACUUACAAAACCUCCUGUCAAUACCAAAGCUCUUUCGAUUCUUGCAUCUGUUGCUGGAGAAGCUCUAGUUAAGCAUUUGGAAAAGAUAUUACCUGCAAUGAUUGAGGCUGUUCAUCUUUCAACAGAUAAUUCCGAAUUUAAAGGAACAGAAGCUCUUGUAUUGUCAGUUGAAGAAGAUUCUGGAAUCCGUAUAAUAAUAAAUGAAUUGACAAUUGCAUCAAAAAAUCAACUACCUGGUAUUCGUAAGGUUGCUGCAGACUUGCUUUGCGUAUUUUGCAGAGAUUGUCGUGGUGAUUUUAGCAUGUAUGUUCAACAGCUGUUUGUAGUUGCCAUUCAGCUUAUGAAUGAUGUUGAUAGUAAUGUUACAGAGUCUGGUUGGAUAUUAUUAGACACCCUUGUCAAGCAUUUGGAACCUUCUGAUCAGAUUCAGCAUUUAACCUCGCUGAAGCAAGCUCUUAAAUUUAUAAAAGCAGAAAUUAGAAACAACUUAUUACCUGGAUUCUGUUUACCUAAAAAGGGGGUUGUACCAAUCAUACCAAUGUUCCGAGAAGGUAUUUUAAAUGGACCACAGGAAGUUAAAGAACAGGCUUCUUUAAUUUUGGGAGAGAUAAUAAAGUUAACCAGUGAAGAAGCUCUCAAACCAUCUGUUGUCCAUUUAACUGGUCCAUUAAUUCGAAUUCUUGGUGAUAGAUUCAAUUACAGUGUAAAAGUAGCUAUUCUUGAUACAUUAGGCCUGUUGCUCGAAAAGGUUGGUGCUGUUUUGAAACCCUUUUUUUCUCAACUUCAAACUACUUUCAUGAAAGCUUUAACUGAUCCAACAUUAGCUGUGCGUCAAAAAGCAUCUUGGGCUUUAGGUUUUCUUACAGUAUUACAUACAAGAGUUGAUUCUUUAUUCACUGAGUUGAAAAAUUCCAUUCAGAGUUCUGAUGAUCCUGCUGUCAGAGAAACUGUUCUAAAGACAUUACACUAUGUUAUUGUCAAUGCUGGAGACAAGAUGGGAGAUAGUAUAAAAAGUAGUCUACUUGAAACGCUUUUGGAUUUGAUAUCUUCUACUGAGGAUGGAAUUCGUAUUACUGCUGGUGCUUCAUUAGGAGCCCUGUGUCAAGUUCUUUCAGAUAGUGAUGUCAAGAGUCUGCUUUCUUCGUCUUUACUUGAUGUUAACCCAACACUAGACUGGAUUGUUUGUCAUGGACGUGCUAUAGCUUUGUCUUAUGCUCUUUUCCAUGCUCCUUCUCAGCUUUUUAAAGUAACUAGUGAGGAGAGUAUUAUCGAUGUUGUUGUACGUCAUUCAACUAACGAAAGGAUUCCAAUAUGUACAUUUGGAGUUCAUUCGCUUGGUCAUUUAAUUAUAUACUCAAAAGAGAAACCUUCUGUUGCUCCUCUUGUUGUUUUAGUGUCAAUGAAAAAGAGCAUGUUACAUGUGUCUUCAGAUGUUCGAAUCACCGCUCUCAAUACAUUACGAUAUAUCUCAAAAAACUAUCCAGAAUCUGUUCAGUUUAAUACAAUAAAACACUUUAUUACAGAAUUUCCUUUGUUACUUCGCGAUCGUAAUCAAGGCGUGAGAUCUGUUGCAGAAAUUACAAUUGCAUUUGUAUUGCAGCUGCACAAAAAUGAUUUACUAUUUGAUCAAUGUGUGGCUUCGCUCACUGAAUGUGCAAAGUUUCUUCAAGAUUAUAAAAGCAAUGUCUUUGUCAAACAUAAUGAUGCUUUAGCGACUGACCCUAAUGACUAUAUAUUUGUAACAUAGAGUAGGAAAAAAAAGAUUUUUAUAGAUUGUGAUAAUUAAGCUUCGAAUAAGUAUGAUGCAGAUAUGUUUGUUCUAUUUA